ACAAUCAUUCACUCCAUCGUUCAAAAAAUUUUACGUACAAUUUCUUUAUAUAUAAAAAAUCAUGGAUUCUACCCGAUUUUGUUUGGUCCUGAGCGCGGCGUUGUGCCUGGCGUGGAGCGUGGCCGGCGUGAUGCCCGGGCAGUCGCUGCGCAGUCUGGAACGCCAGGUUAAACGGCUGGACGCCGGCAGUGUGGUGUUCCCCCGUUGCGUCUGCACGCUGCACACCCUGGAGAAUGUCUCCACAGCCGGCGUCAAACUCAUGUCGCUGGCCUACCGCCGCUACCCGUCCUGCAACGUCGAUACCGACUGCAAGAAGAAGACGGCGGACUGCCCCGAUUUCUGCCGGGAUAUGGGCUAUAAAUUCCUGGGGAAGAACUCCUCGCUGGCCAGCGUGCUGAACGAUACCAACAUCUCCAUCGGCAGUGAAAUGUGUCGCCGUUUCAACCAGCCGCUGCCGGCGCCCGGUCUGCGUGUGGGCGUGUUCUACCUGGCCUACAGCUCGCAGAACUCCUACGGGCCGCGCCAAGUCCUGAAGGGCCCGGCGCCGGUCAUCCUGACGGACGACAGCCUGUGCUGCGCCCGCAUCGAGCACCCCAUCAGCAGCAAGGAGAAGCUGGUUGUCUUCGACGCCGAGUGCAAGGACCGCAGCUCGCCCAACGCCAUCCAAGCCAACACCGUCAACUAGCCGCACAUUAAACAACCACCCGUGUAUAUCCCUACCUGUGUUCGGUGAAUCAACUGUAACGCCACGCCCCUUGAAACAUUUGCUCACAUGUCUUUGUUGUAUGGUGUGUGGAUGUGGUGUGUGACCUGUGCAAUACUGUAUGUGUACAAUGUAAUAAUAACGAUGAUACUCAUAAUAAUAAUUACAUUCCAGUGUAGUGUCCUUCGUUAGAUAUCGCUUGUCUAUGAUCCGGUGUAUGCGGUGCAUGGUACAGACGUGCGGUAAUGAUUUGGGGAUCUUCUUUCUUAAAAUCAUGUAACCAAGGACGAAUUUAUAAAGCGGAAAAAUUAAUUAAGGAAAAUGGCCCGGUA